GAGAUAUCAUAGACCAUUAUAUUCAUGAGAUUUGAAAUCNUACGUCUNCNCUAUUUCAAGNGGAUUGGCUUGAGAUAGUGUACUAUCNACUAUAACAUCUCCCAUUAAUCUCUAAGAAACACUUCUAAGGCAACACCAUAUGCCCUUUCCAUCCUGUCGGUCCCAUAACUCUUAUCUCAAGGCCUCCACCGUCAAUCAUUCAUGUAACCAAGGAUAUCCUACAUACUUUUUCAUCUCUAUAUAUAUGUUCAUGGCUGCAAGCAUUUAGGACAUCCAAAAUCGUUCACAUCCUAAAGCAUUUUAGCUCCAAAAACAAGCAUCUUGUUUACAACUCUCUUUUCUCAACUUUCUCUUCCCAAGUAUCAUCAUAUAAAACAUGGGUUUUCGUUUACCUGGUAUUAGAAAGGCAUCUCUUCGAGCAAUCCAAGCAUCUUCAAAAGUUGUGGAUGUGCCAAAGGGUUACAUUGCAGUCUAUGUUGGAGACCAAAGGAAGCGGUUUAUGAUCCCUGUGUCAUACUUGAACCAACCUUCAUUUCAAGAUCUAUUGAGUCAAGCCGAGGAAGAAUUUGGCUAUGACCAUCCAACUGGUGGUCUCACAAUUCCUUGUGGAGAAGAUGUGUUCUCAGAUAUAACUUCUCGCUUCGAUAGCUGCUAACUGCAUGAAGAUGGAACUGACUUAGAUGUAGACAUAUACUUGACAUAUUUUGUAUCAUAGUUUCUUACCUUGAGAAUAUUUCCCUCUCCAUGUUUGAUGUCUGAAUUUGUAAAUGAAAUUUAAUGUAAAUGAGAAAGUUUGGGAACACUAACCCUUUUAACGUUUUAUUCUCUCAUAAUAUAUAUUUGUGUAUGUAUGUAUAUAUCUUAAAGAAAAGAACUUUAUUGAAUAGGAAAUUGGCUAAGCAUAUGUUUAUUUAAAUCAAACGACCUGAGCAAGGUUUCAUCAAUACAGUUGAACUAGAAAAAUGAUUUUAUCAAAACACGAGGCUGAGAAUGGGACUGCAAUUUUUUAUCUUCAUAUUUUGCUACAGCCAGUUGCACUUAUCAUCGUGUAGCAGCACCGUACAUGACAAGUAUUCAAUCAUAUGAUGAU